GCUCGAGGCCGACGCGACCAUCCUUCGUCAUCGCUGCUGCCGCUGCCGCUGCCUUCAGAGUACCCGUCGCGGCCGUCCCCGCCGCCCCCGCUGCCCCCGCCGGCCACCAUGUCCGCCCAGGCGCAGAUGCGGGCCCUGCUGGACCAGCUUAUGGGCACGGCCCGGGACGGUUCAGUGUAUCUUUGCCUGCCUACAUCAAUCUGCAAGGGAGUUGCAGAAAAGCCUCAUGUUCAUCGAGCCGAGAUGAGACCAGACAGAGGGUGAAGUUUACAGAUGACCGAGUGUGCAAGAGCCACCUUCUGGAUUGCUGCCCCCAUGACAUCCUGGCUGGGACGCGCAUGGAUUUAGGAGAAUGUACCAAAAUCCACGACUUGGCCCUCCGAGCAGAUUAUGAGAUUGCAAGUAAAGAAAGGGACCUGUUUUUUGAAUUGGAUGCAAUGGAUCACUUGGAGUCCUUUAUUGCUGAGUGUGAUCGGAGAACUGAGCUUGCCAAAAAGCGGCUGGCAGAGACACAAGAAGAGAUCAGUGCAGAAGUUUCUGCAAAGGCAGAAAAAGUACAUGAGUUGAAUGAAGAAAUAGGAAAACUUCUUGCAAAAGCUGAGCAGCUGGGAGCAGAAGGAAAUGUGGAUGAAUCCCAGAAAAUUCUUAUGGAAGUGGAGAAAGUCCGUGCAAAGAAAAAAGAAGCUGAGGAAGAAUACAGAAAUUCCAUGCCUGCAUCCAGUUUUCAACAGCAGAAGUUGCGUGUCUGUGAAGUCUGCUCAGCCUACCUUGGUCUCCAUGACAAUGACCGUCGUCUUGCUGACCACUUUGGGGGCAAAUUGCACUUGGGGUUCAUUCAGAUCCGCGAGAAGCUUGAUCAGUUGAGGAAAACUGUGGCUGAAAAGCAGGAGAAGAGAAAUCAGGAUCGCUUGAGGAGGAGAGAAGAGAGGGAGCGGGAGGAGCGGCUCAGCAGGAGGUCCGGAUCAAGAACCAGAGAUCGCAGGAGGUCACGUUCCCGGGACCGGCGUCGGAGGCGGUCAAGAUCUACCUCCAGAGAACGACGGAAGUCUUCCCGGUCCUGGUCCCGAGACAGACACCGGCGCCACCGCAGUCGUUCCCGGAGCCAUAGCCGGGGCCACCGCCGGGCUUCCAGGGACCGGAGUGCGAAAUACAAGUUCUCCAGAGAGCGGGCAUCAAGGGAGGAGUCCUGGGAGCGAGGGCGGAGCGAGCGCCGGGCCACCGACUGGAGGCUCGAGAGCUCCAACGGAAAGACAUCGGAGGAGAAGGAGGCUGGCGAGAUCUGAGUCCAUGCCCAGGCACUGUAAAUAGUCUGAUAAAUGUUCAACACAGCUUGAAGUUACCCUUUAUAUUUGCUGAAUACAACUCAUCUUUUAUAGUUUAAAAUUUCUAUUGUUUUGGAGCUAGCUGUGAGUUUCUAGAGAUGUACAGAAUUGCUCCUGUGUUCUUGGGUUAUGUUUAGUAGGAAUAAAUAAACCUGAAGACUG